AUGAUCUCCGCCUUGUCGAACGGGUUGUGCUCAGCAGCAGCUGCCUCUCUUCUGCUCGUGGCAUUCGUGCACGUCAUUUCAGCUGAGCCAGUACUACGGAGCGGCUACGACACGUACAGUGAAGACAUUCCUCUGGUCGGCCGGCGACUGAGUGGUGGUGGCGGUGGUGCACAUGCGGAUCACAAUAAAACCGUGCCGUUCUACUCGUUUAGCAACGCCAUUGAUACGCUGAUAUACGGAUGUGCCUUCCUUGUCGUGCUCGUCGCGGCUCACCCGCUUGGACUCUACUUCCCCAAGCUAUUUAAGCUCCCCCUCAUCACGGGGUACCUCGUCAUCGGCAUCAUUGCUGGCCCGUUCGCUACGAAUUUAAUCACCGUGGAAGCCGUCGCCUUGCUCUCGAACUACGUGAGUGCACUGGCGCUGUCGUUCAUUUCGUUCCAAGCAGGCCAAGAGAUCUACUGGCCGGAUCUGCGACCUCAACUCAAGUCCAUCAUGAUUCUUCUCGGUGCGUUGUACGUGACGGCGAUGGUCAUUCUCACGUCGGUCAUCCUUGUCGUGGAAAACUCCUUCUUCUACAAAGACCUCGUCCUCAAUUGCCAAUUGGGCAUUGCACUUAUGUUUGGGUCUAUCUCCGUGCUGGGGUCGCCGGCAACGGUCAUGGCGAUCAAGAUUGAGCUGAACAGUGUGGGUCCCUUCACAAGUCUCAUGCUGGGGGCGACUAUGAUUGCCGAGUUUGUCGUGCUCGUGUCCUUUUCGAUCUCUCGGAUCGUGUGCUCCAUCUACUGUGCUGAGCUCGAGGUCUCAAUGCUGAAUCUAGCCUAUACCAUGGGCAUUGUCAUGGCGAACAUCGUCGUGGGUGCGGUUCUCGGUGGAGUCACGAUCCUGAUCUUCAAAAUCCCGGGAAGGGAGCCACACAAGCAGGACAUUGACGCGGACACGCCCCAUGAAGUCUUGGGACGUGGCUUGUCCCUCCACGACCGGGCCGCUAGCCAAAAGAUGACCCCGGCCAACAACGAGUGUGCUUCGAUUUCGCACACUGAGCCCAGUGACACUGCUGCGUCCGCUUCGUUCUGGUCGCCCAACACGUCUUUGGCUAUGAAAGGCUUUAUCUGGCUUACCAUGGGGUACCUCUUCUACAUCUCCUCAUCCCUACUCGCUCACGCUACUGCAGCUCAAUUUGGAUUGUCGUGGGAAGUCAAGCUCGAAGCGCUGCUGGUGCUCAUGAUCGCGUCGUGUGUGGCUGGACACCACAACCCCAUUCGCCACGACAUGCACGUGAUCCUCGACACUGCUGCGCCUUACAUGUUCUUGCCGUUCUUUGUCAUGACGGGGGCGGCGUUAAAGCUGGAUCAAGUGUUGGCAGCCGUUCCACUCAUGAGUUUGUACGUCGUGCUGCGUUACGUCGCGAUCUUCAUUGCUUGCUACUUGGGUGGUCGGUUCCUGCUUAAGCUCACGCCGAUGCAGUACAACAAUCUAUGGCUGACAAUGACUCCGCAGGCCGGCGUAGCGUUGGGUUUGGCCAACGAGGUGCAGGCUAUGAGUGACGACCACUGGGCCUCGGAAUUCUCAGCGACAAUCAUUGCAGCUGUGGUGGUGAACCAGAUCAUCGGUCCCGUUUUGUGUGCGAUAGGCUUGAGUCGGGCUGGCGAGACUUUGCGAGAUCGUACAAUCGAGCAGAAUGUCCCCGGAGAGAACUGGGAGGUUGGUAGCAACAAUGGCAACAAUGAUGAACGGUUGAGCAUUAUCCCCACUCAUCGUAGCUUCAGCAGCGUUCAGGGAGGCCGAUUUAGCAAUAUCUUUGAACUUAGUCGUCGGAUGUCAGGCACCACGAUGGCGGCUGGCAACAAAGAACCGCAACCGCUGCUGCCGUUUUACAAGGUGCAAAACGCGGUUGUUAUUGGCGACGACGAAGUGGCUUUCGAGAUUGCUCUCGAACUCUCACUCUAUGGUGCACGGGUCAACGUGCCUCUCUUGGACCAAGAACGCACUAGUAAGUGGCAAAAGAUGAACGAGGCAAUCCUGCACCGUGCUGCAAAGGGAGACCUCAUCUCGUACAAGAACACACUCCAGGACCGCGAGAAUGCGCAGGCCAUGUCAGCGGCAGACGUGAUCAUUUUCACUGGUGAUUCCGACCGCACGCGCGAGAAUGUGCAAAUGUUGAAGUCGUUGCUAGGUGCAGCCCACCCGCGCAUGAUUGCAUUCGUGCCGGACUGCAAGUUCAGCAAGGAGAUGAAGGCGCAGGGAGUUUUGGCGAUCCAGCCGUCUAUUGCAUUGGCGAACAUUGCGACACGGAUGGCGCUCCUGGAACCGAAGAUGGCGGAGGCGCUGUCGAACGAGAUCAGUACGACAAGUGACUUCAGUACGGCCUCGUACUUCUUGCGGUCCAACAGCGGGUUCCGUGAUACCGAGUUAUGUUUGGAUGGCCGUUCGUUGGCUUUGGGCCGCAGCGUGGUGAACCACCACUCGGUGGACUACGAUCGUCUCGCCGAACUGUUUGCAGCCGAGCAUCUUCCGAUGCCCCCUCCGCCAUCUCGUGUGGCCAUGUUUGGCACAUCCGGUGCAUCUUACGACCCGUUCUCAGGCCACCGAGGCAACCAGUCGAAGCUCAUCGUUUUCCACGACGACGCCGACACUGGCGGCACAAGUGGCCGCCACAGUAUGGUGACUCCGGGACAAUAUCUAUCGCGCACGCCCGCCAUGUGUUCAUUUAAUGCGAUGCAGACUCCACCGCAUCCUGAAACGUUCCUGUCUCGGCCAGGACCAACCAAUCCGAGUACGUUUAAACAAGCCAAGUAG